CCCAGCUUCCUGACGCCCGGCCGGUCUCCCCUUGCGCUCCGCCCUGGGGAGGGGGGCGGCUCCGUCCCUUGUGUUGUAUUAAAGAUCAUUAAACAUUACCAAGAAGAAGGACAGGGAAAUGAAGUGGUCCAGGGAGUGCUGCUGGGACUUGUGGUAGAUGACAGACUUGAAAUCACAAAUUGUUUUCCUUUCCCUCAACAUACAGAAGAUGAUGCAGACUUUGAUGAAGUUCAAUACCAGAUGGAAAUGAUGCGAAGCCUUCGCCACGUAAACAUUGAUCAUCUUCACGUUGGCUGGUACCAGUCCACAUACUAUGGCUCUUUUGUCACUCGUGCCCUCCUGGACUCCCAGUUCAGUUACCAGCACGCAAUUGAGGAGUCUGUAGUUCUCAUUUACGAUCCCAUUAAGACUGCCCAAGGGUCUUUGUCACUAAAGGCAUACAGACUGACUCCCAAACUGAUGGAAGUCUGCAAAGAGAAAGACUUCUCUCCAGAAGCACUGAAAAAAGCAAACAUUGCUUAUGAAAACAUGUUUGAAGAAGUGCCCAUUGUAAUUAAGAAUUCUUACCUGAUCAAUGUGAUGUUGUGGGAACUGGAAAAGAAAUCCGCGGUAGCCGAUAGACAUGAAUUGCUCAGUCUGGCUAGCAGUAAUCACUUAGGGAAGAGUCUGCAGCUGCUGAUGGACAGAGUGGAUGAGAUGAGCCAAGACAUUGUCAAAUACAAUACCUACCUGAGGAAUGUAAGCAAACAGCAGCAGCAGAAGCACCAGUACCAGCAGAGACGUCAGCAAGAAAAUAUACAGCGUCAGAGCCGAGGAGAAGCCCCUCUUCCUGAAGAGGACAUCAAUAAACUUUUUAAACCACCGCAGCCUCCUCCAAGAAUGGAGUCACUGCUUAUUGCAGGUCAAAUUAAUACCUACUGCCAGAAUAUUAAGGAGUUCAAUGCGCAGAACCUGGGCAAACUUUUCAUGGCUCAGGCUCUCCAAGAUUACAACAACUGAAGAAACUUUGCUGUAAUCCUCAUCAGAAAAAAAAAAAGUUAUUUACAGUUUUAUACUGUUCAUGAGCCUUUUGAAAAUUUCGUAUAUUGAGAAAAGAAUCUUGUAAAAACAGAGUCACCUUGGUUGUGUAGAAUUCUCCUCUAAGAAAAAUAAAGGCAAAUUUUAACGAUA